GCCAGGGCGUCGGAGCCUGAGAACAGCGAUCGGGCCUCUCCUCCGAGACUCUAGGGGGCGGCACACUGCAGAUGGAAUCCUCGCUCUCGGGAGACGAUUGUCCAGCCAAUCUAAGCACGCUUGGCCCAUUCUGCUCUCUCAUUGGACACAGAGUAGCGCAUCCGGCGGAUGUUGUUCUGGCGCCCAGGACUGCAGCCGACAAGAUGGCGUUCAGUGACGGCAAGCCGGGUUGCAUAUUCGACCACCACGUCCAGACUGCCGUGUGUGACUCGCGGGCCAAAUACCGGGAGAGCCGACGUCCUCGUGCGGUCAAGGUAUAUACAAUCAACUUGGAAUCUCAGUACUUGUUAAUACAAGGCGUGCCUGCAGUGGGGGCCAUGAAGGAAUUAGUUGAACGAUUUGCUCUGUAUGGUGCGAUUGAACAGUAUAACGCUCUAGAUGAAUACCCAGCGGAAGAUUUUACAGAAGUUUAUCUCAUUAAAUUUGUGAAAUUACAAAGUGCAAGGAUAGCUAAGAAAAAGAUGGAUGAACAGAGUUUCUUUGGUGGGUUACUUCAUGUGUGCUAUGCUCCAGAAUUUGAGACAGUUGAAGAAACUAGAGAAAAGUUAGAAGAAAGAAAGGCUUAUAUUGCAAGAGCUACUAAAAGUAAAGAUUAUUACUUGACAAAGAAGAAACUGGUUCCAGAGCAAAAAGGAACAAAAGAUUCUAGACAAGAUUUUCAUUCACAUAUACCCGGAUUUUCUACAGCUGCUUUGAACACUUCUGAGAAUUCAAGUCCUUGUCUUCCUUAUUCUUGUGAAUUGCCUUUGUGCUAUUUUACCUCGCAAACCACUUGUUUACCUGGGGACCAUGUGGACAGAGCAUCAAACUCCUGUAGUGGUGGCAGGAACCAUGGUGAACUAUCAAAGCACUGUAACCUCAGUGCCUUUUCCCCAGAACUACACGUGAGUACUUACAAAAAUUCACUACCUUGCUCUAGUAUGCAAGAGGCUGUUACUACCUCGGAGUCAGUUGGCAGAUUUAUGCCUAGGACAACACAGCUGCAGGAAAGGAAAAGAAGGAGAGACUGUGAUCGUGAACUUGGAACUUUUUCUGAAACAAACACAAGCAGUAAUGAGGUUGUGAUUGGACCGAAGUUGCCAGGCCUUCCUCCAGUGGAUCUGCAGGACGACUCCUUGAAUACCACGGCAAACUUAAUUCGGAGGAAACUUAAAGAGAAUUCAUCCAAGGGAAUCCUGACAGCAGGAAUAAAGCAUAGGACAUGGACAUUACCCUGGGGGGGUAGACCAGAGCUGUUGCUGCGCAGAGCUGCGGAUCGGCACACUUCCCAGUGCCCAGCGUUCCUUUGAUUUAGAAUCAUCUUUGGUCUGCUCUCACUUUCCUCUCCUCAGUCAUGAAGACCAGAGGGAUAUUAGUGUUGUUAGGUUGUUAGGGCAUGUUGAGUUUCAUCCUCAUAUAGUUGAACACACACCUUCUUCAGUGAAAAGCCAACAAAUGACACCCAAACAACCCAUGUGUACAUUCCAGGCCUGUUUUCUGCUGAGCUCACAGGCUCAGAAACCUUAGUCUUGUCAGUGGACCCUCAGUGGCUGUUCUUAACUGGACUGUAACAGUGGCGACAGCUGAGCAUGACAGACUCAGUAAAGGCAAUGGGUCACAACUGGGUCUCCCAAUUUCUCUUUUGUGGGUUUUCUUUUACUUUUUUACUUUUUUUUUACAUUUAUGCAUGCAUGCAUUUAUGCUCAUAGAGGUCAGCAAACAACUUUCAGGAAUUGGUUCUUUCCUACUGUGUGUUCUGGAAUUUUGUUCAGGUUGACAGGUGGCAAGCGCCCCCACCUGACGAACCAUCUCAUGAGGCAUUUUCUCAAGGUUGUUGUAGAGAACACUGAUUUCAUCUGUUUGGUUAUAUAAGCAUUCACCUGUGAACAAUCAUUCCUGGAAGAAGCUCCAUCUACUAAGGUUGACUAAUGAGAACUCCAGCAAUUUUGGAAUAUUUGGAGUCUAGAGCCUAAUUACCUUUGACUAUCUUUAGCUACUUUAAAUGGCCAUUUAUUUUCUCCUCUGAAUGUGAUCUGACAUCCUGGUGGAUAUUCCUUUGGAAUGUUUCUACCAGCUCAGAAGCUAAGAAUGUCACCAGUGAGGCCUGUAACAAGUUCCCUGCUGUGCUGUGACCACCUACCCAAUGCUGCCAUCAAUUUUAAAAGUGUUUGAUCUAUGACUUUGUGGUCACAAAUAUGCAAAUUGGGUAAACCUGAAUCUGUGUUCCCAGCUGUGGUCACUCUAGUUAACCAGCUCCAGAAAAACGCUCUCUUGUCCCUUUUAGGGUGACGGCUCUGUCACUGCACGAACACACUAAACACAGGAUUGAUGUCAUAGCACUAAGUUAGUAUUUGUUUCUUACAUUUCAUCUUUUCUUCAAAAGUUCCUCGGAGAAACACUGACAGUCCUUUAACCCACUCCUGUACAUUUAUAUAGUUAUCACUGUCUUUGUCAAAUACAUGGAACACUGAAAAGGAAAAGGAGUGUGUAAGUGUAUUGUAAUUGUUUUAUAAGACACACACACACACAUACCCAUUUAUGUAGAAAACUUUAAUUACAAAUCAAGGGGGAACUGUUUUGGUGUUAGCUUUUGAAAGAAUCAAAAUUAUUGGUAAUGUGGAUUUUUUUCUUUAUUUCUAGAGCAGAAUAGUCAUUCCACACAAUGAGCAAUAAUGAUCUUCAUUUGUGGUGUUUCAUGUAGUUGCUAAAGCCAAAAAAAUCUAGAGCUAAUUAGCAACAGUUUAAUGAUCAAAAAUAAAAAGCGGUAUGAAAUCUGUUGUAGUUUCCACGCCUCAAACUAAAUUAUUAAUGUUUAACAUUUUUAAGUUCUUAUGUAUUUCUCAUUUGUGUGUGUGUGUGUGUGUGUGUGUGUGUGUGCGUGCGCGCAUGCACACACAUGUGAGUGCAUGAACAUGUACCAUGGCCUUGUGUGGAGGUCAAAGCCUUGUGGAACUGUCUCUCAUCCAUUUUAGGUUGGUUCUGGGGGACUGCAGCUCAGGAAGCCAGACUUGCUGACCUAUCUUGCCAAUCCAAUUUUUAAAGUUAUCAAUGAAACUUUAGUAUUCUAUAGAAAAACAUUCAAAUGUUAUUUGAUCUUUGGAGAUGAAGGGUAUAUUGAUGAUUUUGUUUGUGGCAAUGGUUUCACGGAUAUGCAUGUGUCAAAUCUUAUACAAAAUGUAUAUUUUAAUGAUUUACUACAGAACUUAACUAGAUAUACCAAUCACUUUCAUGUUUUAAACAUUGACUUUAAAUAUUUCCAAUAUAAAAUGUCAUUUUUUGCACUGACACAUUUCUAUGAAGGAAAAAAGCCAAUUAAUGAUUUACACAUUGGUGACCUGGACUUUCAUGAUUCACUUCUGUGGCUUGUACUUUCAUGAUUAAAAGCCCUCAGACUCUUUA